AUGAAAAUACCAUUGCAACUAUUCUCUAAUAAUAAAAUAAGAAUAAGAUUAAGUGAUGAAGAAGCCAUUGACUAUGCGUUUGUUGAUAGCGAUAAUGAAAACUCAAAAAAAUGCAGUCAUUAUAAAAUUCUCAAAAGCAUUGAUCGUAAAAAUAGUGAACAAAUUCAAUAA